CGCGCGCGCACCCGUCAGAGCCUCGGUGUGGCCAGCGGGGACCGCGCGGGCAGAGGCUGGGCUGCUGAGGUACGAGGGGCGGAGCCCGAACCGCCGCCGCCGCCACUGCUGCUGCCGCCGCCGCCGCCUGAGAGAAGCAUGUCUGCAACUCGAGCUAAGAAAGUGAAGAUGGCCACCAAAUCUUGCCCCGAGUGUGACCAACAGGUUCCUGUUGCAUGUAAAUCAUGUCCCUGUGGUUACAUAUUUAUUAGCAGAAAACUUUUAAAUGCAAAACACCCAGAAAAAUCACCAUCUUCUACAGAAAACAAGCAUGAGGCCAAGAGGAGGCGAACAGAGAGAGUUAGGCGAGAGAAGAUCAAUUCUACAGUAAAUAAAGAUUUAGAAAACAGAAAGAGGUCUCGAAGUAACAGCCAUUCAGAUCAUAUCAGACGAGGAAGAGGAAGACCUAAAAGUGCAUCUGCCAAAAAACAUGAGGAAGAAAGAGAGAAACAGGAAAAGGAAAUUGACAUCUAUGCUAACCUCUCUGAUGAAAAGGCUUUCGUGUUUUCAGUCGCCUUGGCAGAAAUAAAUAGAAAAAUUAUUAAUCAAAGACUUAUUCUCUGAUAUUUGUCUGCAAAAUGUGUUGAAACUUUCUUCAGGAUUACAUCAGCAAAUUCUCAAAACAGUUGUGGACUCUCAGGAGCAUUCUGAUUGCAUCAAUAAGGGCCCUUGAUUGUUUUUUUCCUUAUCAUUUAGCCUGUGCCACACUUUGGGAGUGAAGCUAUAGGCUUGGACUGUUUUGGGAUUUCCUUGUUUACCAAGGAGUAUUGUCAGUGUUUGUGUUUGGGAUAUAUUGUAUUUACUCCAAAAAGAAAAAAAAAAAAAAGGAAACAAACUGGUUGGCUGUUAAAGAAUUAAAGGAUAGGGUUGGGAGUGGAAGUAUGAAAACCAGAGAAAUAAAAUGAUAGUUUUCAGGUUUGCCACCAGAGAUGCAAUAUUUUAAAUACUUUGAGAAAGAGUGACUUUUAAAAAUAUAUAUUUCAGAUUUGAGCACUAACAUUGCAUAUUUACAGUUCAUUUAAUAAAUUGGCAAUUGAUAUUUUAUUGAAUGGGGAAUUAAUAUAAACUAAGUUUUGUCUUAAAUUGAUUUUUUUUUGCCUUUUAUUUUUAUGACUUAAGGUAUGGGUUAUAUUUAGAAGCUACUUUCUAGACAGUUUGGAAGUUUGGGUGCUAUAUGAAGAAAAACAUUUAAGGAUAUAUCAUACUUCAGAUAUAAACACUUUGUUUUCUUGAAUGUAAUUUAUUUAUUGGUUAAAAAAAACUUUUUUGCUCUCGAGAUGGUGCCUGUUAACCUAAACAUAGAAUAUAUUUAUUACAUGCAAAAUAUUUCUUAGAUAGCCACUUUUAAGCAGUAAUGUUCUUUCCGAAUGGAUGUUCAUUUAUACAUCCUGAAAAUUAUUUAAGUUGUUACUUAACCUCACUCUGGAGGAAAAAGAAAAUAAACCUUAAUAUUGAAACUAAUAGAUUAAAUAGUGUGCUAUAAGCUUUUUGUUAUAGUGAAAUUUGUGAGCUAUAUUUAAAUUAUUAAUUUCCUAGUGUUAAUGAUAAUUGUUUAUAGUUGAUUUGUUUUAUACUUAAUGCUUUUGCAUUUUUGUAUAUCAAUUUUGUGCUUAACACAUUCAAACUUGGUAAUGACUUUCCUUAUUUUAAGUUGGUUGUGGCCUCUCCCACCUCCCCCCCUACUCCCCAAAUCUUUUUGGAAAUUCUAAAGCCUUAUUAAGGAAGGUAGCAGCAGUUAGACUUGCCCUUGCUUAAGGGAGAAUUUUCCUUACAAUUUCAACGACAGCAUUGUCAGCUUCAGGCUGUUUCUCCCAUUACUGCUCAAAGGAAAAGAGGUUUACAAUUUUUUUUUCUUUAUUUAAAUGGUAGCCAGCAGAGGGAGCUUAAGAGGUACUCUAGGUAGGAUAUAGGAUUUUUCCUAAGAAUCCCUUUUGCCUCAAUCUCCAUAUUUACCUGCAAGUACUACUACAUUUAUCUUUUAUGCAUUUUAAAACCCUGGUAAUAAAGUUUAUUCCCAGGAAUGUUAAUGUGACUUUUAUCUAUGAAAUAAAAUGAUAAGAAACUUUUCAUUUUGAGAAAAAAAGUUAAAUGAUUAAUAUCUUAAAAUGCUUAUGAACUUAUAUAGGCAUACCUCCAAGAUAUUGUGGGUGCAAAUCCAGACCCCUCCAAAAAAGCAAAUAUUGUGAUAAAGCAAGUCACAUGAAUUUUUUGGUUUCCCAGUGCAUGUAAAUGUUAUGUUUAUAUUGUAUGAUACUAUAAUUUAUUGUGUAUAAUAGUAUUAUGUCUUUAAAUAUAUAUAUAUGUACACCUUAAUUUUAAAAAAUACUUAAUUGCUAAAAAGUGCUAACCAUCAUCUGAACCUUCAGAGACUCAUAGUCUUUGCUGGUGGAGGAUCUUAGCUUGAUGUUGAUGACUGUUGACUGAUCCGGGUGAAGUCUGAGGUGGUCGUGGCAAUUUCUUAAAAUAAGACAGUAAUGAAGUUGCCUCAUUGACUGCCUCUUCCUUUCAUGAACAAUUUCUCUGUAGCAUGUGAUGCUGUUUGAAAGAAGUAGAACUUCUUUCAAAAUUGGAGUCAGUCCUCUCACCCUUAUUAUCCUGCUUUGCUAACUGAGUUUAUGUAUAUUCUGAAUUCUGUGCUGCCAUUUCAACAGUCUUGACAGCAUCUUCACUAGGGGUAGAGUUCAUGUCAAGAAACCACAUUCUUUACUCAUUUAUACAAAGCAGCUCUUCAUAUGUUAAAAUUAGAUCAUGAGGUUGGAGCAAUUCAGUCACAUCUUUAGGCUCCACUUACAAUUUUAGUUCUCUUGCUGUUUCCAUCACACCUUUGGUUACUUCCUCCACUGAAGUCUUGAACCAUCCAUGAGGGUUGAAAUCAGCUCCUUCCAAACUCCUACGUAUGCUGAUAUUUUGACUUCUAACCAUGAUUAACAAUGUUCUUAAUGGCUUCUAGGAUGGUGAAUCCUUUCUAGAAGGUUUUCAAUUUAUCCAUACCUAUCAGAGCACUCACUGCCUAUGGCAGCUAUGGCCUUAUGAAAUAUAUUUCUUAAAUAGUAAGUCUUGAAAGUUGAAAUUACUCUUUGAUCCAUGACCUACAGAAUGGAUGUUAUGUUAGCAGACAUGAAAAUAAUAUUAACCUUGCUUGUACAUCACCAUCAGAGCUCUUUGGUGACAAAGGUGCAUUGUCAAUGAGCAUUAAUAUUUUGAAAGGAAUCCUAUUCUGAGGAGUAGGUCUUAAUAGUGAGCUUUAAAUAGUAAAUCAUGUUGUAAACA